ACGAAAUAUGAAAGGUUUCACAUGCAUGUUUACGCUAUCAAGAGUGGCGUGUACAGCUAGCUGCUCAUAGUAUAAUCUAGUCGUUGCACUGGAUUUUAGCUAGAGCGAUUCAUUUGAAUAUCAUGUAGAUUUUAAACAUAUUUCGUUCAUCCGUAAAUAUCACUUGUGUCACAUAAUAGUGAAGAAUGCCUAGACUCUUGCGCCUGUUGUCAAGCUAUAUCAGUUUAGUGUGAUGUUGCCUAUUCCACAAGCCUGCUUCUCUUAUCCAGUCAGUUUCUAGUAUAAAUGUUUACCCUCUUGUUCCUUCCUUCUGACCACUGCUGACAGAACGCUUUAGAAAAACACCUGAUAAUUCCUAUAUUUUUCUUUCAGCAUGACAAACACUUGAUUUGGGUGGUGACAACUUUAUUUAACAUGCAUUUCUGCCUCUCGUCUUCCUACCUCAGUUGUAUUCCUAAAGAGUCCUGUCUGUCUACACAUCACAGAGCCUCAUGUAUCAAGUCCCUCAUCUUUUCCACUGGAACUGACUCCUCAUGGUGGAACCGUGGUACUCUUUGGGUUCUCUAGAAAUGGAAAGAACUAGUAAACUUUAGUCUGACAGUUGAGGUGCAAAAAAAAAAAAAAAAAAAAGUCACGAGGACAGACGUCAGAAUGGAGGAAGUUGAAAAAAGAGAUGCAUGCUCUUGCUUCUCUGCCUAGUAUUUGUUUAGCUAUAGAUGUGACCUUGGGGGUUCGUUAUCUUUUAACUCUGAAGUAGCUGCAUAAAUGUUCACACCCUCCUUUUUGCUCUCAUAAUUAAAUGUGGACCUUAGUCCACACUUGGAACAUUUUGUUUUCCAGCAGUUUUUUACAUUUUCUACCAGUCAGCACUUUUGAAACAGCAGGCUAGCUGAAGUGGCCUGGCCCACCUCAGUGUCACCCAGUAACCCACCUCCCCCUUCCCUUGCGACAUGCACGGCCCUCCAGCAGCUGAGCAGUUGCCAUGGCGAUGGUAGUUGUGUCGGCAUAGCGACAGGGUGACAGUGAUGGGGAGUACUCCAUUUUCUGGUAAGGGGAGGGGGGGAGGAGGGCUGCAGGACCUGGGCUGUAUGCCAUGGAAGCUGAGCAAGCAGAAAGGGAUGGUGGGGGGUGAGGUGGGGGAAGGGACGGGAGGGGGGGAGGAGAGGUCGGACCUGAGAGAGCAUGAUAUCUCGACCCCUCCGGCCCCGCCUCCAACCCCCAUCUACCACGAGAAGCAACGGCGGGAGCUGUGUGCUCUGCAUGCGCUCAAUAACGUCUUCCAGGACGGGGCGGCUUUCAGCAGGGAUACACUCCAGGACAUCUACCAGAGACUCUCUCCCGGCACUCUGGUAACCCCCCACAAGAAGAGCGUGCUGGGAAAUGGGAACUAUGAUGUGAAUGUCAUAAUGGCUGCCCUGCAGACCCGAGGGUUCGAGGCUGUCUGGUGGGAUAAAAGAAGGGAUGUGGGCAGUAUAGCUCUGUCCAACGUAACAGGCUUCAUCCUGAACGUCCCGUCCAAUCUGCGAUGGGGUCCACUGCGCCUGCCACUCAAACGGCAGCACUGGAUAGGGGUGCGGGAGGUGGACGGAGUCUAUUACAACCUCGACUCCAAACUACGCAGCCCACACACCAUCGGAAACCCUGAUGAGCUCAGGAAGUUCCUGCGUCACCAGCUGAGAGGGAAAAACUGUGAGCUCUUAUUGGUGGUGUCUGAGGAGGUGGAGGUCCACCAAACAUGGAGGUCAGAUGGCUGUUGAUUGAAUGUGCCUGCCAACCUUUUCUCUACCGGAUUAGACUUUUCUCAGUUGCUGCUCAGGAUAACAGGCGUGGUCCAAGCAGGGUAUAGAUUGAAAAGCAGGUGGGGUUGUGCUCAGCCAAUCACACAGAUGCGCACUGGCCGGAUGUACUUUUUUUGCUUCCUCACCCAUUGCUGGACUCUGGCUGAAACCUGAAGUGAUGAAGGAAAUGGACGCACACAGGGAGGUCACGAAGAAUUCACACUACACAACACUUAGAUUUAUGAACAUACUGUUUGGGAUUCUGUGUUUAUAUAUUGAUUAUUUUUCAAUGUUUAUUUUUUGUUGUUGUAUAUUACUGUCUCCAAGUAUGGGAGGCGUGUGACUGUGUAAUCUCUCGCUCCCCCCCCCCCCCCCUCCUGUUUACCCCUGUACUGUAUAUUCACUGAUGUGUCUUUGUUUCUCUCUUUUUCUUUGUUUAUCUCUAUUUGUCCUUCUCUUCUCUACUACGACUGUACAUCUCUUCUUUACCUCAGUGUCUUCCUCUGUCACCGCUCACAAUUUAGUUUUUCACCCGGCCAACAUUAAAUCCCCCCCAGUGUAUGCAGCUGUUUUAUCCUCUCAGUUACUGCUGAGGCCAUCUGUCUGUUAGUAGAAAUCCUUGCUAGUUCCUGUCUUCAAACUAGAAUUCUAAGCUAUGGUUGUGUUAGGCCCAGGUAUUGACAAAUGGCUGGAUACUGUAACAAGGUAGAGCCAGGAGGGUUUCAAUGUGAUCUGACCAGGAAAAUCCACCAACCUGUGUAAUCUGCAAGUCACAGCCCAGGGGGAGUUAUUUUCUGUUUUGUAGUAAAAACUCCUGAGCAAUUGACCAUUGCUAAAUAGUUAUUUGCACAAAUCCACCUGCCAAAUAUACAGAAUUGUGGAAUCAGUAGAACUUGUUAUUAUACCCAAGGUUUAGAAUUGUUCACUGAAAAUGCACUGUUAGAUCAAAAUCUGUAGAUGCCAUGGCUGAAAUGUCCAGAAUGCUGAGUGAUUUGUGAGAAGUGGAGUAAGAGGGGAAAAGGUUGACAGUUGAGCGAAUAAAUAGAAAGAGAAAGUGAUCCAUGUGUAGAAGGAAAAAGUGAAAGAACGGCAUGAGUCCAGCCAGACCAUGUUAGUUUUGAAAUCAGCCAUUUGAGGAAUUUGUGUUGGUUGAUGGGUCUUUAUCAUCAUAACAACAUAUUGUGUAUUAUUGAAGACUUGAUCAGAGCUUUAAUGUGUUUACAGAGGAAGCAGGCAUUAUUCUCUACCUAAAGAGGGGUUGUUGAAUUUUGCUCCUCAUUGGCUCAAUCCCAACACUUUUCCUAUUCAUCUGAGCAUCCAAUCGCUGGUUCAUUAAACUGAUAAUUUAAUAAUUUGCGACUAUCACUAAUCAUGAGACAAAUCAAUGAGGUUGUUGGACUGAGGCUUCCCCUAGGGGAAUGCAGGUUGGGCAACCAAACUCACAGGUAGAAAAUCCCCUCACUACUUUAAACCAGGGUAUUUGGGUGAAAAAACUGUGGUGACAGAGGAUUUUCUUUUUGCCAUGACAAUCCCACCCACCUUCUCCCCUCUAUUGAAGGGUCCUGGUUGUGUUAUUUUUCUCUUGUUUUUCACAAAAAUAAAAUGCUUGUAAUGGCACUUUAUGUACACUC